AUGAGUCAUUCAAGUACAGUUGAUGGAGGAUACGCCUGGACUAUCGUCCUAGCUGUAUUCUGGAAUAAUGCCCACCAUUGGGGAAUCUUAUCGAGCUAUGGUGUCUUCUUGGAAGACUUCAUCUCAAACUCUAGAAUCUCUGGCGGUACCAGUCUGGACUUCGCGUUGGUUGGCGGACUGUCCGCAUCGCAGGCACUCGUUAUAUCCCCUUUGAUUACCAUGAUCCAUCGUCGCUUCGGCCUCAGGAUAACUAUGGCUCUCGGUGUGCUCCUUGAGACGGCAGCCCUCCUGGGAGCGUCCUGGAGCACCAGGAUCUGGCAACUCUACCUAAGUCAAGGCGUCUGCUUUGGAUGGGGUCUCGGCUUACAGUAUCUAUCGACCACCUUUAUUAUUCCACAAUGGUUCAGCAGGAAACGAAGCUUGGCUGCAGGUAUUACAACGGCAGGUACCGGUACUGGAGGGCUAAUAUACUCACUGGCAACCCACGCGAUGCUGGACCGGUUCGGCAGUGGUUGGUCGUAUCGGAUUCUGGCCAUUAUCCAAUUCGUUGUCAAUACCAUCUGUGUACUCCUCUUACGGGAUCGCACUGCAGAACCCCGAUCAGAAAGGAACAAGUCAAUUCUUCGCCUCGGCCUCUGCAAGAAAUACGAAACCUGGCUGUUCAUUGGCUGGAGCUUUUUCAGCGUAAUGGGAUUCAUGGUCAUCUGGUAUUCGCUUGCUACCUACUCACGAUCCAUCGGUUUGUCCGCCAGUGAAGGAUCGAUCGUAACCGCUGUGAUGAACGUGGGCCAGAUUCUCGGUCGACCUGCGGUGGGCUAUUUUAGUGACGUUUUUGGACGCAUCAACAUGACCACCUUUGCCACGUUUACCAGCGGGUUGCUCUGUUUACUGCUCUGGGUGUUCGCCAAAACAUACACAGCGCUCAUUUGCUUUGCUUUGUUUGCAGGAAUCCUCUUUGGGACGUUCUGGACGGCGGUUGGGCCACUGGGGGCAGAAGUGGUUGGAUUAGAUGACCUUCAGUCAUUCUUAACGAUCAUGUGGCUUGUUUGUUCGGUUCCUGCGACCUUUGGGGAAGCAAUCGGCCUUGAACUUCGCACGUCUGGCAAGGACGAGUUUCUACACACACAACUGUUUACCGGUUUCAUGUAUAUCGGUGCAUCUCUAUGCACACUGCUUCUGCGAGGCUGGAAGAUAUCCCAAAAGAAGUCGUCAGAGGCAAGAGAAUCGACGCCAGUGUCUGCGGGAGAUUGUCGAGGUUCGGAAUUUACCCAUGACGAGUGUAGUCUCUCCAGUCGGCCCUCUCCUUUUGGGACCUGGGAGAAAGUAUGA